GAGCGCCACUGUCGGGUUUAGAGGUCCGUUCGGGAUGGCAUAACAAUCGAGUUUCAUGCCUGCGAAAGCGGCAAUGCUACGAUGAAGAGGUUUGUGACUAUAGUGCUGCGUGGCCUCGUUAGCCUCUCCAAGGAGAGCCCCAUCUGGGCUAAGGAGCAUCACCGGCCGCCAAAGACCGAGAUCAAGAGGAAACGGAGAGCGGCCAAGAGAGCCAAGAGUAUGGGAAGACGCAACUUAGUGAGAGCGAUGAUAUUGACGGUGUACCUCAGCGAUGGGGAACAAGCCGUGACUGAGGUGCCCAUCACCCCAGAGACGACGUGCCGCGACGUCGUCGAGUUCUGCAAAGAGCCCGGCGAGAGCGGGUGUCACCUGGCUGAGGUCUGGAGAGGCAACGAGCGGGCGAUCCCCUUUGACCACAUGAUGUAUGAACAUCUGCAGAAGUGGGGGCCUCGGAAACAAGAAGUCAAGUUCUUCCUCCGGCACGAAGAUUCACCAACUGAGAGCAGCGAUCAAGGGAGUCAGCAGUCUCAGGAUCAAACGAGUCGCAGAAGUGGAAAUACCGGCGAGAAGCACAAUGAGAAUGGGGUGGGGAAUCAGCGUGUGGAGCUCACGCUGUCAGAGCUGCAGGAGAUGGCCACACGGCAACAACAACAAAUCGAGGCUCAGCAGCAGAUGCUUGUUGCAAAGGAGCAACGCUUGCGUUACCUGAAACAGCAGGAGCGACGUCAGCAGCAAACUGUUUCAGAAAGCGAGAAGCUGCAGAGGCUGAAGGAACGUGUGGAGAGCCAAGAGGCGAAACUCAAGAAGAUUCGGGCAAUGAGGGGCCAGGUGGACUACAGCAAAGUCAUCAAUGGCAACCUGUCGGCAGAGAUUGAGCAAGUUAGCGGCUUGUUCCAAGAGAAGCAGGCUGAGUUGCAGGCUGCGGUGCUGAGGGUGGAGCAGCUUAGCCUUCAGCUGGAGGACCUGCGGAGAGGAAAGCUCAAUGGCAUCCAGACUACCCUGGGUGGCCAGGUAACCGGUGCUGCAGCCCUCGAGCUCCGUAAGCUGUACCAGGAGCUUCAGAUUCGAAACAAGUUGAACCAGGAGCAAAACAGCAAGCUGCAGCAACAGAAAGAGCUUCUGAACAAGCGCAACAUGGAAGUGACACUCAUGGACAAGCGCAUUAGCGAGCUGCGGGAACGCCUCUACAAGAAAAAAGCUGAGGCACGUCAAAAAGAGAACCUUCCUCUGAAUAGAGCCAAUGGACCUCCCUCCCCUCAGCCUGCUCCUGGUACUCUGGGUCGGGUUGCUGCUGUCGGGCCAUAUAUCCAAGUUCCUGUACCAGGUCGACAGGACGGAGGUUACAACAUACCACCUGAUCCACUGAAGCCUCAGACACUUGGUGUUAAUAACCAAGCCAAUCAUGGCCGCACCAAAUCAGACGGUGUGCGAAAGCCUCCCGGUCCUUGGAAAGUGUCUGAUUUAGACAUCGUUGUGGACCCGGUACCCCCGUCCCUUCCAGAAUCACACCCGGGCCCUGGAGCCUCCACUGGCUCUGACGGCACGUCUCCUAAUGAUACUGGUUGGCCUACUGUAGGCAAGACCAGCACAACUCUAAAGCCUCCUGAGAGAAGAGACUCAGGGACUGAUACCCAGGGCAAGAGCCCUCCCUCAGGCUCCCCCGUUGCUUCAAGUGCAGAAAAGGUGCUAGACUCCAAAAUGACUGUGUCCUCCCCCGCCAUAUCCAAGCCACAGCCGCCACCGUAUGGAUCCCACCUCACCUCCGCAAACUCAGCCAGCUCCUUGGAGCGCCGCAAAGAUGCACCUCCUCCUCCUCGCCCACUCCCAAACCCUCCGGCUCCCGCUUGGCCCCGCAUCCCCUCCUCCACGGGCUCGUCCUCCCAGCAGAUCCAGCAGCGUAUCUCAGUGCCGCCGAGUCCCACCUUCCAGCCAAACGCACCGCUUUUCCCUCCCGGGCUGAGUGAGCGACUGGAUCCUCCGCCGGCUGUGGCAGUGCGACCCUUCAUCCCAGACAGAGGAUCACGACCCCAGUCGCCCAGGAAGGGCCCACCCACCAUGAACUCCAGCUCCAUCUAUCACAUGUACCUCCAGCAGGCGGCGCCAAAGAGCCAGCCACUCAAACCUGCUCUCAAAGCAGUGUAUGGAAAGCCUGUCCUCCCCCCCAGCUCGACUCCCCCCUCGCCCCUGCCUUUCGUCCAGGCAGGAGGCGCUUUCCCGCUGCUCCAACCCAGCGGUGAGGACGGUUUCGACGGAGAAUUUGAUGAUCAUGACAGCUUCCAUCACCUGGAGCCUUCAGCGCCUCCUCCCAGUGUGGAGAACAUCCCACGACCACUCAGCCCUACUAAGCUAACACCCAUGGUUCACUCCCCACUGCGCUACCAAAGCGACGCCGACCUUGAAGUGCUCCGUAAAAAGCUGGCUAAUGCUCCGAGGCCGCUCAAGAAGCGCAGCUCUAUCACAGAACCAGAGGGCCCCAGCGGUCCCAACAUCCAGAAACUGCUCUACCAGAGAUUUAACACACUAGCAGGAGGCAUAGAGGGAAAUGGAGUCAGUGGAUCGGGAGGUGGCAACGGUGCAGGUAAUGGAACACCAUUUUAUCAACCAGCGCAUCCUCCUGGAUAUCUGGGAGGCGACUCGCUGGCUGAUACAGACAAUGGAAACCUCCUGUCUGAGACACCGCUAGCGCCACCACCAGGAGAGGAGGAGCAGGGCUCUGAGGCUACAGCUAGCACUACUGACGCUAAUGACAACGAGCCAUUGCCGUCACCGCCAGAAGGAAUGGUGGAUCCCGAUGAAGCAGAGGGUCCAGAGGACGACAACAACAACAACGUGGGAGGCUCUGAGGCGUCGCUGCCCAGCCCGGUGCUGGAGGUCACCACUCCAGAGGAGAGCGGCACGGCAACCUCACAACCACUGGAGAAGCGCACAAACCUAAAGAAGCCCAACUCUGAGCGCACCGGUCACGGCUUUAGAGUGAAGUUCAACCCUCUGGCUCUUCUGCUGGAUGCCUCGUUGGAAGGAGAGUUUGACCUGGUCCAGAGGAUCAUCUAUGAGGUGGAGAAUCCCAGCACUCCUAAUGAUGAGGGCAUCACACCGUUGCACAACGCAGUGUGUGCUGGACAUCACCACAUAGUCAAGUUCCUGCUGGAUUUCGGUGUGAACGUCAACGCUGCAGACAGUGAUGGAUGGACUCCUCUUCACUGUGCCGCAUCCUGCAACAGUGUUCAUCUCUGCAAGUUGUUGGUCGAGUCAGGGGCUGCCAUCUUUGCCAGCACCAUUAGUGAUGUGGAGACGGCUGCAGAUAAAUGCGAGGAAAUGGAAGAGGGCUACAUCCAGUGUUCCCAGUUUCUAUAUGGUGUUCAGGAGAAGCUGGGUGUCAUGAACAAAGGGACAGUGUACGCUCUGUGGAAUUAUGAAGCCCAGAAUCAGGACGAGCUGUCGUUCAGCGAGGGGGACGCCAUCACCAUCCUGCGACGGCAGGACGACAGUGAAACCGAGUGGUGGUGGGCGCGACUCGAGGACAAUGAGGGCUACGUGCCCCGCAACCUGCUGGGGCUCUAUCCUAGAAUCAAACCUCGUCAGCGCUCCCUGGCGUAGCGUCUCGCUCCACCGGACUAGCAGAGCAGAGAACAACGAAGGGGCCUGGUGCUCCGUCUCCUACCCGUGGCCAUAACCUCCCCCCAGAAAAAUCCUUUUCUCUGAAGCAGCGGGCACCAAACUCCGACACUACACAUGCUUACAUCCUGCACACACGGAGACAAACACACGGUGAAACACAAGCACUCCAAAGUCUGUCAAACGACUCCAUCUUGAACCCCACCUCCCCCACCUUUCAACCCGCCGCUCUGUCUUCGACUUGAUUUCUACCCCCCGACUCAGUGCCAGACAUGAAUCUGAAGAAUCAGACACUAACCCUUGUCUCAGUAUUCCUCUGUGUUCGCACUUCUUCAUCUCCCUACUGAGGUCUGUGGUGGCUACGCUGGUUUACAUCACACUAUAUGGUAACUGGAAAUUCAUCUUUAAGGGUGACAAGUUGCUGAUUUUUGUCAGUGAAAUGUAAGUUAAGUAUUUGGACAUUAAGUAUUUUUUUAAGGCCAAUUUGAUCCCUAUGAAGGAAAAAUCCAAGACAAAAUGCAGAAAAAUGUGCUUUGACUGUAGCCUAACCACCAAAGAUGAAUAUAGAUUUAAAAAUUGUAAGUUUAUUCCUCCCUAAGAUCUUGCAGAGUGAGAUAAUCAGUUGAUUUGCUGCUACGCUAUUGAUUAAUAGCCCCCAGGAGCUAAAGUAAAAUGGAUUUUGGAGGGGAAAAUUGCAAAUAUUGUAAAUCCUCAGUAUUAACUACACACAGGCCAGUCAAAAAAAUACGAAAAAAUCCCAGUGUAUUAAAGAAAAGGUGGAUAUAAAUUGACAGUUCAUGCAUUGUCAUGAAUUGAAGAAGUGAUUUUUCAUCUGUUCAGAAUCUGGAUGCAGGAUUAUUGUGGAUGUGUGGCGAGAACAUUAAUAAAUUAUAAGUGAGCCUUUGGACAAUAAUCCAUUUUUUUCCUGUAAUAUGUGAUUUGAAGUGUUUAAAUGAGCAACACAGAUAUUUAUGCAGAGUUUAUCUUCCUGGUUUUGUCAUUACACCUGAAAGCAUCAGGUUACAUGCUGCAAUUUCUAACAAAAAAAAAAGAAAAGAAAAAUGCUGUCAUGGUAAUGGGUAACAAACAGUAUUUUAAUUUACCAGAAAAAGGUUUUUGUGUCUGUAAAGAUACAUGUUUAAAAGAUCCCUGAUCAGUGGGAAAACUGCUAAGAUGCUAAGUCUUGAUGGUGUUUUCAGAUUUAUUUUUGCUGUUUUCAUUCCAAAGCGGGUUUUACCAUCAUUCCAGGUGUUCUCAUUAUUUGAAUCUCACUUCCAGGAUCACAUUUUUUUCGAUUUCUGUCAUCUGGUAAGAUCUGUAAAAGACACUACAUCUAGAACUCCUGCUAAACCAUGAGACUACCUUUGUUUAGCCCAUUAAACAAAGGUAGCACUUGUUAGUUUUAAUAACCUCCUCCUGUUGCACUUGUUUUUCUACAGAUGUCCACUGAAACACUGAAUCUCAGGACCAACACGGUGCUGCUGACACGUUUCAUCCAAGUUCUGGUUUAUUAUUUACAACUGAUGCAAGUGUAUCCAUGAACCUUUUCUGUUUUAAGUUAACUCCUGGUUGUUAUCUCCUCGGUGACGUUCACCCCUGUUGAUAAAGAAUUACAAUCUCCUGCUUUCCACUGAGACUGAGUCUGGACCAGCGUCACAUCUAGAUCAUUCUAAGAACUUGCCAAUGCCUCUGCUUUAUCCUUUGGUUGUGCUAUAGUUACUUUAAAAUUUGGGUGUACCAUUCUAAUAAUUAUCCUCCUUGUUUUGAGCUUUAUGUAGCUGAAACGCCAAUAAACUACUUGGUUUACGUA